AGGUCUAAAGGUCCUGCCUGCUCCUCCGAGUGACUCCACCUGAGCGAGAGGGACGACCACAGCCCCUGCAGCCCCACUACAGCCCCUACAGCCCCCUCCAGAGACCAGGCAACGGGCCCCCGCUUCACCCCUGCACCUCAUCUACAAACGGGACAUUCCAAAACAGGAUUCUACACUGAGAUAGAAACACAUCAGCUGCAGACAAGUUCCUUUCCACGAUGGACAGCCACAUCACUCAGAUCUCCCGUGACGACCUUGAAGACCUCAGAGAUGCUUUCAAUAAAAUCGACAUCGAUAACAGUGGGUACGUGAGCGACUUCGAGCUGCAGGAGUUGUUCCGUGAGGCCAGUUUCUCCAUCCCCGGAUACAAAGUGAGAGAGAUCAUGGAGACGUUCAUCGCAGGAGACACCAACAAGGACGAGAAGAUCAGCUUUGAGGAGUUUGUCUCGAUCUACCAGGAGCUGAAGAGCAAACAGAUCAGUGAGACGUUCAGAAAGACCAUCUCCAGGAGGGACGGGAUCCGCUCGUUUGGGGGUAUGUCGGGGAACUCCUGCGAGGGCACACAGCACUCGUACUCAGAGGAGGAGAAGGUCGCGUUUGUGAACUGGAUCAACAAAGCUCUGGCCAAAGACCCAGACUGUGAGCACCUUCUUCCCAUGAACCCCAACAAUGAGAGUCUGUUUGCUUCUGUACGAGACGGAAUCCUCCUCUGUAAAAUGAUAAACUUGUCUCAGCCCGACACCAUUGACGAGAGAGUCAUCAACACAAAGAAACUGACCACUUUUAAAAUGACCGAGAACCUGGUGCUCGCCCUGAACUCGGCCUCUGCGAUCGGCUGCACUGUGGUCAGCGUCGACGCCCAUGAUCUCAUGGCCGGGAAACCCCAUCUGGUGCUGGGCCUGUUCUGGCAGAUCAUCAAGGUCGGACUUUUCGCUGAUAUAGAAAUCAGCAGGAACGAAGGUCUGGUCUGUCUGCUGAUGGACGGAGAGCAGUUGAACCACCUCAUGUCCCUGUCCCCAGAGGAGCUGCUGCUGCGAUGGGUCAACUACCACCUCCGCAACGCAGGCACCCAGACCAUCAGCAACUUCAGCGACGACAUCAAGGACUCGAGAGCGUACUUCUACCUGAUGGACCAGAUUUCACCGAAAGGAGACGGAGACUACAAAAUGAGCAUCAGGAUUGACAUGAGCGGCAUGGGUGAGAGGGACUUAAACCGGCGCGCGGAGCUGAUGCUGCAGCAGGCCGCACGCCUCGACUGUCGGCAGUUUGUUUCUCCCCGAGAUGUGACUUCAGGAAACAGCAAACUCAACAUGGCCUUCGUCGCCAACCUCUUCAACACCCACCCUGCUCUGGACAGGGGGAACAUGAGCGGGCUGGACAUGGGGCGAAUCGAGGCUGAAACAAGAGAAGAGAAAACAUUCCGUAACUGGAUGAACUCUCUGGGCGUUUCUCCAUACGUCAACCACCUGUACUGGGACCUAUGUAAUGGUCUGGUGAUUCUGCAGCUUUUAGAGAAGGUUAACAUCCAUGUAAACUGGAAGAAGGUCAACCAGCCGCCAUAUCCCGCACUGGGAGGCAACAUGAAGAGGCUUGAGAAUUGUAACUACGCUGUGGAGCUGGGCAGAGAUGUGGCUCACUUUUCUCUGGUCGGGGUCGGAGGGCAAAACAUAAACGAGGGGAGCCGCAUCCACACACUGGCCCUGCUGUGGCAACUCAUGAGAAGAUACACGAUGCUGGUCCUGUCUGAUCUCGGGGACGGGGAGCGCAUCGUGGACGAUAUCAUUUUGAACUGGGUCAACACCACACUCAGCAACCAACGCAAAGACUCACACAUCAGCAGCUUCAAGGACAAAAAGAUCAGCACCAGUCUGCCUGUCAUUGACCUGAUUGAUGUCAUCGCCCCUGGGAUGGUCAAAUGGGACAUGGUGAAGAGAAUCGAGAAAGGACGAAACUUGGCCAAAGAAGACAAACUGAACAAUGCCAAGUACGCAGUGUCGCUGGCUCGUAAGAUUGGAGCGCGGGUCUAUGCUCUUCCUGACGAUUUAGUGGAAGUGAACCCCAAAAUGGUCCUGACUAUUUUCGCUUGUCUCAUGGGGCACGGCAUGAAAAAGACCAGUCGCUGAAGCACGGACCAAACCUUAUGGAUACUAGAACUCCCACGAUGCCUCUCUUUGUCCUACGUCUUUAUGACACACUAACAUAUAAACAAUUAGCUUAUCUUUUUUCAGUACUGUAAAUUAUUGCAUAUUUAAACGUACAUUGACACAAUAAUGAAGCUACAAAAAAAUAUAAAAUACAGAUAUUCCAAUAACAUCAUUUGAUUGUAUAUUGCAGAU